UCAACCUUCAGCCGGCCUUUUUUUUCCGACUGAUGUCACAUGUGUGGAAUCCAUUCAUCUGUCCCUCGACAACGUCCCCUUGGUCCUGGACUCAUGUCCUAAAAAGGACUGAAGGUUGGAUUUGGACUUUGAGUCAGAGUCUGUGUGUGUGUGUGUGUGUGUCACAGAUGGGUAUAAACAGAGGCUCUGAUCUUCUGUGAUGCUGCUGUUGUCGGUCCAACUCCCUGUUCUCUGUUUUGUUUCAUCUUCACCAACUGGAACCAAACAUGACCUUCUACAAACACUCAGGUCCCAGGAGCUACCUGACCGCCACCAUGACCGAGCGCUUCGACUGCUACUACUGUCGCGACAAACUACAUGGGAAGAAGUACGUGAAGAAGGACGACAAACACAUGUGCGUCAAGUGUUUCGACAAGCUCUGCGCCAACACCUGCGCCGAAUGCAAGCGACCAAUUGGUGCAGAUGCAAAGGAGCUGCACCACAAGAACCGUUACUGGCACGAGGACUGUUUCCGCUGCGCUAAGUGCUACAAACCUUUGGCCAGUGAGCCAUUUAGCGCAAGGGAUGAUGGGAAAAUUAUGUGUGGCAAAUGUGGCGCUCGUGAGGAUGGAAACCGUUGCCAGGGUUGUUACAAAGUGGUGAUGCCUGGAACCAAGAGCGUGGAAUACAAGAAUAAAGUCUGGCAUGAAGACUGUUUCACCUGCUUUGACUGUAAGCAGCCAAUUGGCACGAAGAGCUUCCUGACUAAAGGUGAGGACGUUUACUGCUCUGGCUGUCACGACAAGAAGUUUGCCAAGAAGUGUUUCCACUGCAAACAGCCCAUCACCUCUGGAGGCAUCAGCUACCAGGAGCAGCCCUGGCAUUCCGACUGCUUCGUGUGUCGCACCUGUCGUAAACCUCUGGCCGAAGCCCGUUUCACUUCACACGAGAACAAUGUUUACUGCGUUGACUGCUACAAGACUGAUGUGGCCAAAAAAUGCCAUGGCUGCAAAAACCCAAUCACAGGGUUCGGACAUGGCACCAAUGUGGUGAACUACGAAGGCUACGCCUGGCAUGAAUACUGCUUCACCUGUAAGAGGUGCAGCCUCUCAUUGGCCAACAAGCGCUUCGUCAUCAGUGGUGAUAACAUCUACUGCCCUGACUGCGCCAAGAAGCUGUGAAUCAGCACAUUUGUCACUGUGGCACCUCAAACAAAAACUAAAAUGUAAAAAAUAGAAAUCAUGUCAGUUUUGGUGAAUAAUUUCUUUUCAUGGGAGCUUGAGGUUUUAGACCAGGGUUUUAAACUCCACUGGGCUGAGAGCCACACAUUCUGCUGUCAUCUCAUUGGAGGGUCACAUCAGAGAUGUUCCUGUUGUUAAUUAUGUUAAUCAGAAAUGCUGUAAAAUACAAUCAUUCAAGAAUCAAGUCCAAAUAUUUUUUGACAUUUUUGCUUUUAAAAAACGGACACAGAUGUCAUUGACUGUCAGUUUACCUUUCAAAUUACUUUGGUAUACAUUUUUAAAUAGUACAAAUGUUUUGUGUUUUUCAGGGUUCAUACAAAUUUUCACCAACAAAUUCCAUGACUUUUCCAUGACUUGGCAGCAACUUUCUACUAUACACAUAUGGAAUAUAGGAAUUAAACUAUUUAAAAUGACCACAGUGGAAAUGUCAAAAAACAGGCCUAAUGAUUGAUUUGUUUAAAGCAGGCAUGUCUAAAGUCAUUCUUCAAAGGGCUGUAUGGCUACAGGUUUUUGUUCCAAUCAACCAAGAGCGCACAGUUUGACCAAUCAGCUGUCAGAAGACUGAGACGAGGUGAUUAAAGUCUGGUGUGCUGCUGCUUCAUUGGAAAGAAAACCUGCAGCCACUGGGACUUUGUGGAGCUGUUUGGACAUGCCUGGUUAAAGCAACACUGAUAUAAGGUAAGGUAUAUGUCAUUGUGUUCUGUAAUGAAUUCACGAGGCGUAAAUGUAUCUUAGCUUGUAUAUGUAGCUAGGCUCAUCAAUGCUGCCUCCCGAUGUUAGAGAUGUCAAACGUCUGUUGAAGGUGCACCUUCCCUGCAUUGUGAUUGGCUGUUAGUAGCGAGUUAUCCCUUGAUCUCAUCUGCACCUUGCUAUGCACGCUUUUUUUAACCCACAUAGUUUUUUUUUUUUUUUCAAAAUGUACAAACCCUGUUUUUUAAACCUCGAGAAAACCUUACUAAUUAAGUUCUUCAUACCUGAAAUACUGCAGUACCUUGGAUUAGUUGGGUUCAAAUGUUCUUUUUUGGUUAUUAAAAAUAAUUGUAUAAAUUACAUGGACAGAUGUUGGGGGUUUGUAGGCCAGAAGUUGCUCUUUGGCUGGGAGUUUGAGAACUCUGUUUUAGAGGAAUUAUUGUUGUGGGUUAAGUUAAUCUAAUUUAGAAUUCUGCUUGGCUAGAAACGCUAGUAUCUAACAAACAGCAUCAAGGUUUGGUUAUUCCUCUUGUUUGAAGUUGAGUUGGACACAGUUGAUGAGUCUUGGCUUUGAUGUGCAAAAUAAAGUCAUUAACAUUU